UAUUUGUUAUCAAUAAUCACUAUUCACUUAGGUAUUUUAUUUUGUAUGUUAAAGAGGCAUUAAAACUCUAUCUACGCUACAAAGUGCAAAGAUAGCAAAAGCAAAACCACUUCGCUAGAUACUAUUUGUACAAUUUAAAGCUUAAUAAUACUGAAAUCUCGAGAUUAUUCAAUCAUAUUCCAUUACUAGAUACUAACUAGAAAGAAGCUUAAACUGCAUUCAAGUUUAGUUUGGGAGAAAAGUUAAUUUUAACUUAAUUUUGUUUUCCUGAUUAAAUUUCAAGUAGAAAAUUAAAGAUGAAAGCCUCUAUUAAUAACAACAUCGUUUUUGGUGGCGAAAUAACCUCGAGAAUAACGAGCACCUACAGGUCAUUGGGUCAUUUUUUGUUGGAACAAUUUAAAAAGAAUGAAAAUAGCGUGAUGAUGAUAGAUGCCUCAACUGGCAAUGAAUACAAACGCAAAGAUGUCUAUGAUAGAAUUACUCGAUUAGCUUAUAUUCUACAAAAGCUGGGAGUUAAGGAUGGCGAUGUGAUUGGACUAUCGGCUGAGAACUCUAUAGAAUAUGCUGUGGCAAUGUAUGCAGCAUUUGCCAUUGGUGCUACAGUAGCUCCUUUCAAUGUAACAUACAGUGAACGUGAACUUGAUCAUGCAACAAAUCUAUCUAAACCCAAAGUAUUUUUCUGCUCUAAAGGCUGUUUGAAUAGAGUUCUUGCAGUUGCCAAGAAAAAUAAAUAUAUCAAACACGUAAUUGUGUUUGGUGAUGUUAGUUCAAGUUCAGAUGCCACUUCAUUGAAUGAACUAGUUAAUAGUAAGAAAUUUGUGUCAUAUCCAGAUUUUGAACCACCAAGUGUGAAUAAGAAUGAAAAUGUAGCGUUGAUUGUUUGUUCUUCUGGAACAACUGGCAUGCCAAAGGGAGUUCAGCUAACUCAAAUGAAUAUCUUAACUACAUUGGAUGCACAAUUUGAGCCUGAUGCAAUUUCUUUAUCUGAUAUUGCUGUUUUAAGUGUGAUUCCAUGGUUCCAUGCCUUUGGAUGCAUUUCGCUAAUAUUGACAUGUUGUAUGGACACAACUAUGGUUUUCCUGCCUAAAUUUGAAGAAAAAGUUUUUCUAGGAGCUAUACAGAAAUACAAAGUUGUUUUGGCAUUUAUGGUGCCACCACUUAUGGUUUUCUUGGCAAAGCACCCAAUCGUAGACCAAUACGAUCUGUCUUCUCUUCUAGUCUUGAUAAGUGGUGCUGCUCCACUAAGCAAAGAAACUGAAGACACUAUUAAGCAAAGAAUUGGAGUGCCUUUCAUCAGGCAAGGAUACGGCUUAAGUGAGAGUACACUAAGUUUGUUAGUGCAAAAUGAUACUCACUGUAAACCGGGCAGCGUUGGUGCUCUUAAACGUGGUAUCUAUGCCAAAGUUUUAGAUACAGAAACUGGUGCUACCUUGGGACCCAACCAACGUGGUGAGCUGUGCUUCAAAGGUGAAUGUAUUAUGAAAGGCUACGUUGGUGAUAAAAAAUCCACAGAGACCAUUAUCAAAGAUGGCUGGCUCCACACUGGCGAUAUUGGUUAUUUUGAUGACGAUUUUGAGUUCUUUAUUGUUGAUCGUAUAAAGGAGCUCAUUAAAUACAAAGCAUUCCAAGUGCCACCAGCUGAGAUCGAAGCACUACUUUUAACGCACAAAAAGAUAAAGGACGCAGCUGUAGUUGGCAAGCCAGAUGAGGCAUGCGGUGAGCUUCCAUUUGCAUUUGUAGUCAAACAAGCAAAUGUUGAGCUUACUGAAGAAGAGGUAUUAAAAUAUGUUGCUGAUAAUGCGUCACCGGCAAAAAGACUUCGUGGCGGUGUACGUUUUGUUGAUGAAAUUCCAAAGAAUGCCAGUGGGAAAAUAUUGCGUCGUGUUUUACGUGAUAUGCUAAACAAACCAAAGUCUAAGUUGUAAGAAAUUUUGAGUGUGGUUACUUUCUUUUUUUCUAAUUCUUGUUCUAAGUUAACACAAUUAAGUAAGUUCAUAUUCGGUGAUUUUGUAACUGAUUUUCUAUUUAUAUAAAUGAAGGCUUUUUUCGAUGCAAAGACGGUCAUACAUGCACAAAACAUGUAUUGUUGGAAAGGUGUACCAUUAGUUCAUACAUAACAUAUACUAAACUGAUAUAUUUAUUAUAAUCAAGACUAUUCAAUAAUUUAUAAAUAAAUAAAGAGGCAGAACAAAUUAUAAAUAAAAAAGGAUUUUUUUUUUAAUUUUUAAAUAA